GCUGUGUAAGAUGUGUUUAAGAUGAGUUGUCAGUCUCACCAGCUUGGCGUGGCGGUUUGUACAGAGUCCCAGGUAUUUGAUUUUGUCAUCGUGACCCACCCAAACUUCCUGGUCCCAUCAUCGGGAGGAUUGUUUCUAGGCAGUGUACUCUACAACUAAAACCAUACUCUUCAUCGUCGAGAGUUGGCGGGCUAGAGCGCUACUAGACGUUUUGCAGAGAAUCAUGGAGGCACAUGACCAGGCCGUGGUGGUCGUCUCAAAACGGCUGCAGGACUUCUACGCGCGUCGUGACGCCUUCCGCGUGUAUCACGGAUCCACAAACAGCACGCGAGCCAUUCAAAAAGACGGCAAACAAAUCAUCGACACAAGCCAGCUCAAUCAUGUGCUAGCGAUAGAUAAGGCUAAGAAGACGGCACUCGUCGAGCCGAACGUGCCUAUGGACAAACUUGUCGAGGCGGCUCUCAAAGAUGGAUUGGUCCCGCUCGUUGUCAUGGAAUUCCCCGGCAUUACAGUCGGCGGUGGAUUCAGCGGUUCGGCGGGCGAGAGCAGCUCCGGUCGCCACGGUCCCUUCGACUCGACUGUCAAUUGGAUAGAAAUUGUCACACCGGACGGUGAGAUCCGCCGUGCUUCGAAAACGGAAGACCCAGAUCUCUUCUGGGGCGCCGCGUCAGCCUUCGGUACUAUUGGUAUUGUCACGCUCUUGGAGGUCCAGCUACAAGAUGCCACGCAAUAUGUCGAAUUGACACACUAUCCUGUGCGCAGCUUUGCUGAAGCUUCCAAGAAGCUUCAAGAACAGGUUGCCGAUACGUCCGUUGAGUUCGUGGACGGCAUUGUCUUCUCGCCGAGCCAGACCGUCAUCUGUGCCGGUCGCCUUGUCGAUACUCUGCCUUCGGGAACUAGUCCUAGGCCCUACCUCGGCCGGCGGGAUCCAUGGUUCUACCUUGAUGUUCAGAAGAGAGCGGCAGGUUCACCUUCGCCCAUCGUCGACUACGUGCCUUUAGAAGACUACCUUUUCCGAUGGGACCGUGGAGGCUUUUGGGUAGCUCGAUACGCGUACCGAUACUUCCUUACCCCCUUCAAUCGCAUUACGCGAUACGCCCUAGACACCUUCAUGCACGCGCGCGUGAUGUAUCAUGCCUUGCAUAAAUCCGGGCUGUCGGAUACGUAUAUCAUUCAAGACGUGGGAGUCCCCUUUGAUGCUGCCGAGACAUUCUAUGAAUGGCUGCACGAGACACUACACAUCUACCCGCUCUGGCUCUGCCCGAUCCGAGUCCGUCGUUACACGCCCGACGCUGCGCAUGGGCUACACGCCGACUUUGCUGACGCUACCAAAACGCCCGAAGUCGUUCUGAACUUCGGUGUCUGGGGUCCCGGACCAAACAACUACGAUGAGCUCGUGCGCCUCAACCGACGGAUCGAGCACAAAGUGCAUGAGCUUGGGGGCGCCAAGACGUUGUACGCACAGGCUUAUUACACCGAAGAGGAAUUCUGGGAAACAUACAACAAACCUGCGUAUGAUGCAGUACGGAGAAAAUUCCAUGCAGACCACCUGCCAAGUGUUUAUGACAAAGUCAAGGUAGACGAGGAUGCCAAAAGAAAAGCGAAAGAACAGAGUAGGAUGCCCUCUGUUCUGCGCAAUAAACGCCCAUUCCAGGGUCUGUAUGGUGUAUACAAGGCUUGGCGUGGAGGGGACUACCUUCUACAAAAGAAGAGUUAGGGUUCUCACAGACAUUACCUUACUCGUCGCUAUGAUCGUCACUUCAUAUUUAGAUUUUGUUGGCUAUAAUUUUCACCAGAGACAGCCACGGCUUUCUUUUCGUUUCAUU